AUGGCAGAACAGAAGCUAGUCUGGAAUCCCGACAACGUCAGGGACGUUGCAGAGUCCGUUGGCAUAUCCUCCCUGAACGAAGAAGCCGUACGAUCGCUCUCCCAAGAAGUCGAAUACCGGGUCGGUCAAGUCAUAGUAGAGGCGAUGCGAUUCAUGCAUGCGGGGAAGAGAACAGUACUAGGAACGCAGGACAUUUCACAAGCAUUGAAAGUGCUAGAUGUUGAACCGCUCUAUGGCUAUGAAUCUACGAGGCCACUGAGAUUUGGGGAGGCCUCGUUAGGACCGGGACAACCGCUGUUCUAUAUUGAGGAUGAGGAGGUGGAUUUUGAGAAGUUGAUCAAUGCGCCGUUACCAAAGGUCCCUAGGGAUAUGUCGUUCACCGCACAUUGGCUUGCCGUAGAAGGCGUCCAGCCCUCAAUACCCCAAAACCCCACCACCGCCGAAGCACGAGCAACAGAACUGGUCCCCAAAGGUCCAGGCGCAAAUCCGAGUCUUGCAGCCUUAGCAGGCAACGACAACGUCUCCUUCAAGCCACUCGUAAAGCAUGUUGUCUCCAAAGAACUUAUCCUCUUCUUCGACAAGAUCAAGGCCGCAAUCCUAGACGAAGACCCCGAUCCCGAAGUUGUCAUCCUGCGUGAAUCAGCCCUCGAAAGCGUUCGCUCAGAUCCAGGCCUACACCAGCUAGUUCCCUACUUUGUACACUUCAUCGCGGAGAAAGUCACGCACUCCCUAAACAACACUUUCGUGCUGCGCCAAAUGAUGGAGCUAACAGCAGCUAUGAUCGCCAAUAAAUCCCUCUUCAUACAACCCUACGUCGCGGCCCUCGUGCCCCCCGUCCUAACAUGCCUCAUCGGCCGGUCUCUCGGUCCCGAAACGCCUGCAAACCUACAGGCGCAGUUCCAGCUUCGUGAGCUAGCAUCGUCACUGAUAGGGCAAAUCUCAAGCAAGUAUGCAGAAUCCUCGCUGCAGCUCCGCCCACGUUUGGCAAGGACGUGCUUGAAAUACUUCCUCGACCCCUCCCGCUCCCUCGGCGAACACUACGGCGCCAUCUCCGGACUGCUCACAAUCGGUGGUCCAGAAGGCGUGCGUUCUGUCCUCUUGCCAAAUAUCAAGCCCUUCGAAUACGUGAUUCAAAAAGCUCAAAACGAACGUGGUGCCAAUGACGAGAGCAUACGCAUGGUUAUCGCUGUGCUUCUCAAAGCAGUCAUGAGUAUUGUUGAUCCUGCUGCUGACGCUAUGACCAACGGAAACGGGACUGCGAACGGAACGGUGGCGGCAGAGGCGCCGCUCGUAGAAGAGUAUCUGGGGACAGUUGUGGGCAGUAGGGUUAAUGCGCUCAGUAAUAAGGCAUUGUGUAAGGCAGUACUCGAGGCGCGGGAUAAGAAUUAA